CACGGGGAUCGCUGACUGGAGCGGAUCCUGUGACACCUCCCUGCAGCCCGGCACUUGUUGCUCCGGGGACCUGCUGCCAUCCCUGAACCCACCUUUCCCCUCUCCUCCUUUGCAUGUGAUCUCUCGGGACAUUUGAUCUGUCAGACACUGCGGUUCCCGGCUUGAGAAACAGAUCCGAUAAUAAUAAUAAUAAUAAUAAUAAGCGUCGCUCUCAAGGAGGGCCCCGCAGAGCAGGAGCAGGAGCGCAGAGCGCUGGCUCAGGCGCCGCAGAGGUGGCGCCUCCCCGGCCCGGGACGCUGGCCCCGGGCGCCGACGGCAUGACGGACUCGGCGACAGCUAACGGGGACGACAGGGACCCCGAGAUCGAACUCUUCGUGAAGGCUGGAAUCGAUGGGGAAAGCAUUGGCAACUGUCCCUUCUCUCAGCGUCUCUUUAUGAUCCUGUGGCUGAAAGGAGUUGUGUUCAACGUCACCACCGUGGAUCUGAAAAGAAAGCCAGCCGACCUGCACAACCUGGCCCCUGGCACGCAUCCGCCCUUCCUGACUUUCAACGGGGACGUGAAGACGGACGUCAAUAAGAUUGAGGAAUUCCUGGAGGAGACCUUGACUCCUGAAAAGUACCCCAAACUGGCUGCGAAACACCGGGAAUCCAACACGGCAGGCAUCGACAUCUUCUCCAAGUUCUCUGCUUACAUCAAAAACACAAAGCAGCAAAACAAUGCUGCCCUUGAGAAAGGCCUGACCAAGGCACUGAAGAAACUGGAUGACUACCUGAACACCCCUCUUCCAGAGGAGAUCGACGCCAACACUUGCGGGGAUGAAGACAAGAGGUCCCGGCGCAAAUUCCUAGACGGGGACGAGCUGACCCUGGCCGACUGCAAUCUGUUGCCCAAACUCCAUGUGGUCAAGAUUGUGGCCAAGAAAUACCGCAACUACGAUUUCCCGGCUGAGAUGACAGGCCUGUGGCGGUACCUCAAGAACGCCUAUGCCCGGGAUGAGUUCACCAACACCUGUGCGGCAGACAAGGAGAUCGAGUCGGCCUACGCGGAUGUUGCCAAGCGCCUCAGCCGGUCCUGAGCUCGGCCACCUUGCCCCACCGCUCCAGCAGAAGGACUCCGCUUCUCCCAAAGGACUCCGGCCUCACACACUCCUCUUCCGCGUUGCCUUGGGGACACUCCUUUUUGUAGCCGGCCGCCUCUUGCUGGCCUCAUGGAACCCCGGCCUGCUGUCUCUUAGGAAGGUCAGCGCCGACCCCAUCUGAUCUUGCAGGAAUCUGCAAGCAGAAAUGAUAGAAAUAGUCAAGCUCUCAACCUUUGGGCCGGGCCUGGGUUCCGUGCAUCUGGGGUCAGUGUUGGAGAACCCACGUAAGGGACCGUCACUGCCCCCUCCGCCAAUAUCAGAACCUCUCCUCAGCUGCAUUAGGAAAACGUGCGACACUGUGCCCUCUUCCGCCCUCCUCUUUGUUGGGAACUCCACGGCCAAGGACAGAUGCCAUCGUAGUUCUUAGUAGAAACAGAUCCGCUGCGUUUGGGGGAGAUGGAGAGAGUGAACGGAGGACAGGCGGGCUGGGGAUUGGGCCCGUGACAGACACACCUGCAGUCCCUCACAGCGUCUUGACACCUGCCGUCCCACUGGGCGCUGAAGACCAGAUUGGAAAACCACUUCAGACGUAGUCUCCGUUUGCCGCCGUGCUGAGGGCGUUGCGAUGCCCUCGUGUAUCUGGCUGACACCAGCCUCUGUUUUUACACUGUCCAGGCCUUUCGAGGAAGGGAAGUUGGCAUGCAGUUGCAAAGCAGAGUGACUGGGAAGGGCCAGAGGAGGAGCGUCAAUGCCAAAAGGACCACGGGGUCUGCCAGCCAUGGAUUUUGCCUGCUUUAGGGGUAGUUGUUUUGGUGGAGAUUACGUUUGAUCCAUGAGUGAAUUUCAGUCUUGGAGAAAGCAGAUGGGGGGGGGGGGGGCGGUUGGGUGAAGACGUUCUUCAUGAGGUUCCAUGUUCCCUGGCAAUCUUUCAGAUAGGUCUUCUCUCUUACGAUCUCCCUAAGUCUUGAACUGCUGAUGUUAUAUAUCACUGCGAACCCUACAACAAAAAAAACAAGAAUUGGCCAAACAUGACUUUCCAGGUCCUUCAAGUUGCUCCUGGAUGCGGGUCUGGGGUCUGCUAGCUGGGCGCUCCUGGCUGAGUCGGCUGCAGCCUCCAUCGGGUGAUGGGUCCAUUUGGGAGGUGGCAUGGUCAUGGAACACCUUAGGAAGAAAGUCCGUGGGCCUUUCUGACUGGGAAACCAUGUGGUUUGAACUUGAAGAAAAAUAUGUGCCCCAUCUGGGCUAAUUUUCCUGCCAUCUGACUCACCUGCCAGAUGAAAAAGGAUAUUUUUUAGUUGGUAUUUCUCUCCUUGGUCAUUCUCCUUGAGUGUCACCUCCUUCAAAGCUCACCUGGCUUGAGCCUGGGGACCCGGGCAGAGGAAACUCAGGAAAAUGAGCUAACCAUCGGCCCCCUAUCCUGGUGAACACCCUAUGAGAAAAGCCAUCUGCCACAGGAUCAGGCUUCCAAGUGCUAGAAAGCCUCGGGACCUGGCUCGUUGCUCAGGAAGGGUGGCAGGACAGCAUGGGGCCUUUCCGUGAAGACAUCCGUGCAUCUUCAACCCGGCAGGCCCCAGACCCACCUGCCUCCAGGGAGCUCUGGAGAACAAAGGUGGCACACAGAUCUGAGCAUUGGGGAGGAAACAGGGGCCCCCUUAGCCCACUGAGGAAGAGGAAAUUUCUCAGUAGGACAUUUUAUUAGCCUGAGAGCUUUGCAAGGGCAGGAGGAGUCGAUUCAUUUCCACCCCUAAAGGAACCUUCCCUGGGACUCCCCGGGAACUUAGUCCCGAGACAUGUUUAAAAAGGAGAAUGCUGAGGAAAUGGCCCCUUUUACUCUACAGUAAAGCCCCAGACUGGUCUCUUGGGAGAUGAAGUCUUGAAUGAUCCCAGGAGACUUUGAAUUAGUGUAAAUCCUGUUGUCCCCAGAAACCCCUCCCUGAGUUGACCAACACAGGCAUGAUGACCUAAGAGGCAGUUUACUUUCCAGAGACCCACAGUGGUGCUGUUCUUGAAGCAGGUAGGUGUUAGCAUGGCCAGCGCGACAGAGAAAACAGGCCGCCCGGGGAGGAUGGCUCCCCACACGAGUUGUCGGAUACUAAUGACCGAUUUGAUUGUCAGAAUUCAGCGUUGGCGAGUCUUUAAAAACAAGCCAAACCAAAUCAACAUGGUUGUUUCUAGAUAUUCCUUCUGUGGCUGACUUAGUUUUACAUAAAUAUUAAGGCACGAGUUUGGGGGGGCAGUUACGUGAUCACUUAUAACCAUUUAACACAGGGGGCAGAGUUAUAGAUGGAAAGCACUUCUGAGUACUUGAUUCAGGAAUAUCUUUUUUCUUUCAACAGUAGAUUACUAUAUAAUACGACUAUUGACUGAGAGCUUUAAUGUCUUAUGACCAGAUUUAUUAGAAUAUUUUUAAGUAACAAUAAUAUUAUCUUCUGAUUAUUUUUUUUCCAAAAGAGAUUUGCCUCCAGAUUCUUCAGCCUCCCUAAAGAAUCUUGGCCAUAACCUUGUUAUAUACAUGGCAAAUCAUCUUCCAACAUCCAUAUGGUGAGGUCCUUAGGUGUCUCCAGAACCAACUCAGGAAGUAUUCAAGGUUUGCAGUGUAGACUCCAGAGUUUUAAGAGGAGGUCACCCUUGUCACUGGUCUCGAAUGAAUACUGAUCCUUCAGAAAACAUUUCAUUGGCAUUUGAAAAGGUUUGGGAUGAGAUCCUAUUUUGUUUGGGAUUUAUUUUUCUUCUUUGGUUUCCGUGUCACUGUUUUAUUUGAUUUUUAUGGGAUAGCAUGGUGGGAGGCAGAGGCAGAAAGAAGAACCCAACUUAGAAUAACUGUGUAGAAUUUACCCAUCUGUCAGGCUGGGCUGCCUCUCAGGAUGGCCCAGAGAGAAGGUAUUGGAUAUGAUUUUAAUAACUUUAUAAGAUGGGCUGGAUAAUGGUUCCUUCUGUUGUGUGUCUUUAUCCCCUGAUAAGGGAAUUCAGAUGCCUGACAAUUCAGAAUCACAGGCUGUGAAAAGUGAAAACCACUUUUAUUUGGUCAUACAAUCUCGGACGGUUUCAGCUUCCCAGGAAAUGCCACUGUUUUUGGUGUUCACAUCCCCCGCUGGUGGGGCCAGCAAGGAUCUUGGCCUUUUCGUUAGAAAAAAGCCUUCACCAAGAGUGAAGUUUCCUGAGCUGCACAUGCUAGCAUUUAUCAAAUGAAACAACGGAAGCUCUUCACGACAUCUGUGCCCUCUGGCCACUCUGCAGGCAGACGCCGCCAGCAUCUUAGAAUUGUUGCAAAAUGGAUGAUGCCUGGAACGGACCCUGCAGAGCUAAGAAUCCCAGGAGGCUUAGGCAAAUAGAAUUUAAAAAAGGGACAGAGUCAGGAGGGUGUGUUAGUAAGAGAUUUCCGUGGUGAGAAACCAUUGAGGUCUGUGUCUAAACAUCAGUUGGUUUAGAGGCAGCAGGAGAUGUAGUUGACUCAACACUAUUGCCAGUGGCCAGGAGCCUUUUUGAUAGCAGAGUGAAUCAAGAUGCCAGUGUCUCUCUCCUUGGAAAGAUGAAGCAGUAUUAAGUCAUUAGUAAAACUAAGUUCCUUGAUUCCUAAGGGAUCACUUCGUCGUUUUUGAUAUGCCAUUGAAAAGAAUUGUAAGCGUUAGAGAAAGAACUAUGCAUGUGGAACAUCUGGAGCUGAACAUCUUUGGGCUUGGAGCCCUUUCUGCAAACAAGACCAUUGUCUUCUAUCCAGCGCUUUUUAGCAUUCAAACCAAGGAACGUGUGCCCCCUUCAUGAAUGCCUGUUCCUCGACCUUUGCCAAUAUUCUUCUCGCAGCUUAGUUUCAGGAUGCUUUCCUUUCAUCAUUCGGUAUGAUCCAAAGUGUGCAUAAUUUUGUUUAAUGUUACCUGAGGAAUUAGACCCAACGUUCCCUUUACCAACCAAAAAUAAAAUGGAAGAUUGCUUCAUUAUAGGGUUUGGGCUAAUCUGUGUUUCACUAAAAGCAAUCUGUUUUUUUUUUUUUUUUGAAAACCAUAGUUUUAAGGAUCCAAUUAUCUAAGGUAUUUUAUGCAUAGUUAGAGAUUUCAUAUUAUCGAUUAUGCCUAUACUUAAAAUAUAUAAUAUCCGGCUGACGUUUGAAUUUGUCUUCCUUUCCUGAUUUCCUGUUUUUCCCAUUUGGAAAGCUGGGGUGUAGCUAAUUUAGCAAAAGAUGCCUAGCUUUUAUAGAAGGACAAAAUUUCAUUUUAGAAAGACACUCCAAAUGAUGGUCACUUGAUUUUCUCAAGACCUUUAACUGUGGUGAUAAAGUACUAAGACAUGCUUUCAAGCCUUAAUAAAUAUAAGUUGCCUUUUAAUGAAGAUAUUGCUGAAUGUUUUCUUCAUGAAUCUGAAGCAGUUAGAAAUUUGUUUUCCAGUCUUGAUUGGUAUUGGCUGAUUCAAAUAAAGUUGGUUUAUUUUCAAAUACUACAAA